UAAUAUGCCCGUAUCACACUAGAAAUAAAAAUACACACGAAAAUAGAGAAAGCUCACAGUAGUGACGAUACGAGCUCCAUGGAAAUAAUAAACAACAAUAAAAUUGCGGUGGACAGGGAUUUUCACCGGAUCACACACACUCUCUUGUCGUCUUGUUUCUUUGACUUCUCUGGUUCACUAAUCAAUAAUGAAUGAGGUAAAAUAGGGGUUAUUAUUUUUGGGGUUCAUCUCAAAAGCAAGGGGUUUUUCUUUUGGUGUCGCGAGGGAGAAAUGGCGACAGUAAACCCGUUUGAUUUACUGGGGGACGAUGAUGCGGAGAAUCCAUUGGAGCUGAUUGCCUCACAACAGCCCAAGAAAGUCUCGGCUUCAUCGGGUAAGCCGGCGAUUAAGCAGCAGACGCAGCAGCAGAACAAACCGGCGGCGGCUCAGCUUCCCUCCAAGCCUCUUCCCCCUUCUCAGGCUGUCAGAGAGGCAAAAUCUGAUUCUUCACGAGGAGGCCGUGGAGGCAGGCGUGGGUAUGGACGUAGUCGUGGUGGCGGAGAUUCAACCUAUAAUGACAAUUCAUACGGAAAUAGGAGAUUUUCUGGUGGUGAAGGUCCAACUGAAGAGACUGAUACUAGAAAACCUUCUGAGAGGUAUGAUGGCUAUGGUGGGCCUCGUGUGCCUUUCCGUGGCAGACAUCGAGGCGGUUUUAGCAAUCGCGAAGUUGGUGAAGGGGAAAAUCGAAGGCCUCGAAGGGCAUUUGAGCGCCAUAGUGGAACUGGGCAAGGAAAUGAAAUGAAACGUGAAGGAGCUGGCCAUGGGAACUGGGGAACUCUGACUGAUGAACCCACCCAAGAGGCCGAAGAAGUUGACGAAGGUGAUAAAAAUCUAAAUGCUGAGAAGCCCGUGGGUGAGGAGAAUGCAACAGAAGGGUACAAGGAAACUCCUGUGGAUGAAGUUGAAGAGAAGGAACCUGAGGAUAAGGAGAUGACACUUGAAGAGUAUGAAAAGGUCAUGGAGGAGAGAAGGAAUCCCCUGCAGGCUCUUAAAACUGAGGAAAGGAAGGUUGAUGUAAAAGAGUUUGAAUCCAUGCAACAGCUAGCGAACAAGAGAAACACCGAUGACAUAUUUGUCAAAUUGGGAUCUGAAAAGGAUAAGAGGAAAGAGUUAACCGAGAAAGAAGAGAGAGUUAAAAAGUCUGUCGGCAUCAGCAAGUUCUUGAAGGCCACCACGGCAGAAAGGUACUACAGUCCUGGUGGUCGAGGGAGGGACCAAGGACGUGGCUUCAUAGGAGGAUAUAGUGGUGGUGGAGAAAAUAAAGCACCUUUCAUCGAAGAUCCACGCCAGUUCCCUACCUUAGGUGGCAAAUGAAACGUUCUUCCGUCGUCCUGUCAUCGUCUCUCAAGUUAUCUCGUGUCACUGGAAUAAAUGAGAUAUGUAUCAUAGAUGUACAUCAGUGUGUUUUCAUUUGUACCACUGUAGCUUUUUCCAUAAUGUGAUGAAACGAACGAUUAAUUUAUGAAUGAAGAUAAUUGAUGCCAGCUUGGAAUACAUAUUCAAUUCAUUAUAUGCAAGUAGCAUGCUGGUUGUUAA